AAUUAUAGAUGAUCCCUUGACACUGACUGGGUUCCUGUUGCCUGUGUUGUGCGUGGUGGAGCAUAGAAAGACGAGGCAAGUUUGAAGGGGGCUGUAUUGCUCUUAGCCUACUUCUUACGGACCUGGAAGGGAGCUUUAAGCUAACUCUUCCCUCUUGAAUACCUUGCAAUAUAUUACGCUCUCACUGGAAUGUUUGUUGAACAGGUUUUGCUACUUGUUACCUAGUUUAUUUUACUUUUCCGGACCCUGUGUCUUAUUUUAAUUUUUAGCAGUGAUUUACCUUUUUAAAGUUGCAAUCUCGUUGAAGGACUGUAUGAACGAAACAGAGGGAACAGACUGCACUUUAUAGGGAUUGUGCUGUGUCCUUAUUUUAAAAGAAAAGACAACAAACAACGGAUUUGUUUUCAGUUUAUCGAUACUUUGUUUUGUUACAAGAUCCUCUGGAGUCUCCACAAUGCGCAUCAUUGGUCCUGCGUUUGAACAUGUGGCAUAACGGGAUUGAUUAAACGUGUUUCUCUGGAUAUUUUGGAGAAAACUACUGUGUCCGUUACCAUUACUAAGAUACAAUUUGUAAUGGAUAUCAAAUCCGCGAACAUGGAGGAUGAAGGCCACCCAGGCAAUGGUGUCCAGACCAUCAGAGAUUCGGACCGCCAGGUCCGUUUAAGACUUUGCGUUUUAAAUGAGAUCUUGAAUACCGAGAGGGAUUACGUGAAGACUCUGAUUUUUCUGCAGUCCGCGUUUCUGCACAGGAUCCAGCAAACGGCAGACGAUCAGCAGUGCCUUUCUCCAGAAAAUGUCAAGGUCCUGUUCUCCAACAUUGAGGACAUCCUGGAAGUUCACAAAGAGGUCCUGGCAGCGCUGGAGUCCAGCCUGCGGCCCGAGCCUCAGCCACAGCACGCCCUCGGACACGUUUUCCUCCAGUUCAAAGGCAAAUUCUCGGUAUAUGGAGAGUACUGCAGUAACCAUGAAAAAGCACUUAGACUUCUAAUGGAAUUGAACAAGAACCCAAAUGUCAGAACCUUCUUACUGCACUGCAUGCUGCUGGGUGGAAAGAAGACCACAGACAUCCCGCUGGAGGGGUACUUAUUAACACCCAUUCAACGGAUAUGCAAAUAUCCCCUCUUGUUGAAGGAGCUGCUGAAGAGGACUCCGAAGAAGCACGCAGACUACCCCGCUGUGGAGGUGGCUCUGCAGGUCAUGAAGGCCGUCUGCUCCAACAUCAACGAGACCAAGAGGCAGAUGGAGAAGCUGGAGGCUCUGGAGCAGCUCCAGUCCCACAUCGAGGGGUGGGAGGGAACCAAUCUAACGGACAUCUGCACAGAGCUGCUCCUUCACGGCAACUUGCUGAAGAUAUCCGCCGGAAACAUUCAGGAGAGAGUCUUCUUUCUUUUCGAUAACCUGUUGGUGUACUGCAAGAGGAAAUCACGGGUUUCAGGGAAGAAAUCUACCAAGAGAACCAAGUCCAUCAACGGCCCCCUGUACAUUUUUAGGGGCAGAAUCAACACGGAGGUCAUGGAGGUGGAAAACGUGGAAGAUGGAACAGCCGACUAUCAUAGCAACAACUACACGGUGACCAACGGCUGGAAAAUCCACAACACGGCGAAGAACAAGUGGUUUGUGUGCAUGGCGAAGAACGCAGAGGACAAGCAGAAGUGGCUGGACGCCAUUCUGAAGGAACGGGAGCAGAGAGAGAGUCUGAAGCUGGGGAUGGAACGAGACGCGUACGUGAUGAUCGCCGAGAAAGGAGAGAAGCUCUACCACAUGAUGAUGAGCAAGAGCCGCCACCUCAUAAAGGACCGACGCAGGAAGCUGAGCAUCGUGCCCAAGUGCUUCCUGGGAAACGAGUUUGUGUCCUGGCUCAUAGAGAGCGGCGAGAUCAGCAAGCCGGAGGAAGGGGUGAACUUGGGACAGGCCCUCCUGGAGAACGGCAUCAUUCACCACGUGUCUGACAAGCACCAGUUCAAGAAUGAGCAGGUCCUGUAUCGGUUUCGUUAUGAUGACGGAACUUACAAAGCCAGAAGUGAGAUGGAGGACAUUGUGUCCAAGGGAGUGAGACUCUACUGCCGUCUUCACUGCCUGUUCACUCCCGUUGUCAAGGAUAGAGACUACCAUUUGAAAACAUUCAAGUCUGUGAUUCCAGCAAGCAAACUGGUAGACUGGCUAAUAACUCAGGGGGACUAUUCCACGCGCGAGGACGCCGUGACGCUGGGAGUGGAGCUGUGCAACAACGGCUUCAUGCACCACGUGCUGGAGAAGAGCGAAUUCAAAGACGAAUCGCAGUUCUUCCGCUUCUACGCCGACGAAGAAAUGGAGGGCACCAGUUCCAAGAACAAGCAGCUGCGAAAUGACUUCAAACUCAUCGAGAACAUCGUGGCCAAAACCCUGCUGAUACACCCCCAUGAAGAAGACUAUGGCUUUGAGAUUGAGGAGAAGAACAAGGCUUUCGUGGUGAAGUCAGUCCAUCGGGGGUCCCACGCAGAAAUGGCUGGACUCCACGCAGGCAGAAAGAUCUACACUAUCAACGAGGACCUGGUGUUCCUCAGGCCCCUGUCCGAAGUGGAGGCCCUGAUCAACCAGUCCUUCUGCAUCCGGCGCUCCCUGCAGCUUCUGGUGGCCACGAAGUCCAAGGAGAUUGUGAAGAUACCUGACUGUCCGGUUGCACUUUCCUUUAAAAUCAGAGGCUCCGCCCCCCCUUAUGUGCAUGCUGUGAGAAAAGGUUCCGAGGCAGCCGCCGCGGGCCUUCAGCCUGGACAGUGCGUACAGAAAGUCAACGGCAACAGCGUCCACGGCGACGGCGACCUGGCGGUCCUGGGCCACUUCUCGGCCCACCGCGCCGGCCGGGAGCGGCUGGAGCCGGCGCUGACUCAGUGGCUCUACAGGACGCUGGAUGACGCGGAAGAGGAGAGGUCCCUGAGGACCGGCCUGUCAGCGACGGGGUCGGGUACCGAGGGAGGUGAUGUCAUCAACGGAACAGGUAACGAUCUGCAGCGGUUAACCGUCUCCGAUGACGCUCCGCUGGUCAGCCUGACCGUGGACAACGUGCACCUGGAGCACGGCGUGUUCUACGAGUACGUGAGCACUGCCGGGAUCAGGAGCCACGUGCUGGAGAAGAUGGUGGAGCCAAAGGGCUGCUUCAGCCUCACAGCCAAGAUUUUAGAGGCCUUUGCCGGCGACGACAGCCACUUUGUGAAGAGCUGCGGCCGCCUGAUGUCCCGGAGCGACCGCGUGGUCACCAUGCCGCAGUACGAGUUCCAGAACAUCUGCGACACCAAGCUGGAGAGCAUACGCAGACGCGUCGCUAGCUACCAGCAGUUUGCGCAGGAGCUGCGGAACAAAGCCUGGCCCACGUUUAAGCAGGCCUCCAACAAGCCCCGCCCCCUGGGCUGCAUGGACUUUGUCCCCACCAACUGCCACGUCAACCUGAUGCAGGUGUCCUACCCCAAGAGCACCACCUCGGCCGGCCGCACCUUCAGCAUCCGCUUCGGCCGCAAGAACUCCUUCUUCGGCCUGGACCCAGACCAGGCGAACCUGAACCCCAUGUCCCACACGCAGCACUGCAUCACCAGCAUGGCCGCCCCCUCCUGGCACUGCCACACCCAGGAGGAGGGGGAGGAGGCCUGGCCGGAGGAGGCCAACGGCAGCCUGCUGGACUCUAGCCUGGACGGGAGGUCCGUCCACGAGGAGGGAGGCCUCAGCUUUCUCCUCAAGCAGGAGGACAUGGAGACGCAAGACUCCUACAUCCGCCUCUUCAACCGCCUGGAUGUGGCCGUGAAGGAAAUGAAGCAAUACGUAACCCAGAUAAAUGUUCUCUUGUCCUCCAUAACAGAGCCCACAGAGCCUGGAGUCUGCGAUCCGCCCGCUUCUGAGGAGACCCCGCCCACUUCUCUGGUGUCAGAGGAGGGGGACUUGGAGAAGGUGGAGCACUGCGGGAUCAAGCGGGUCUCCUUCAAGGUGUCCGAGGACGACCAGGAAGACUCGGGUCAGGACACCAUGAGCUGCAGGGAUUCGUACAGCGAAUGCAACAGCAACCGCGACUCCGUGCUGUCGUACACAAGCGUCCGCAGCAACAGCUCCUACCUGGGAAGCGACGAGAUGGGAUCAGGUGACGAGCUCCCGUGUGACAUGAGAAUCUCCUUGGACAAGCAGGACAAACUGCACGGCUGCCUGGAGCACCUCUUUAACCAGGUUGACUCCAUAAACAGUCUGCUCAAAGGCCCCGCCAUGACGAAGGCGUCCGAGGAGACCAAGCACUUUCCCAUGGAGCACGGUCACCCGGACGUGUGUCACACUGAAGACUGGAAUCUGCACUGCCGGUGCCUCAUCGAUAAGAACAUCCAGGAGGACCCCUGGAACCUGCCCAGCUCCAUUAAGACCCUGGUGGAGAGCCUGCAGAGAUCCGUAGAGGAUGGCAAGAACCAGCUGCUCCUGGCUCUGCUGAAGGGCACAGACACGGACCUGCAGCUGCGCCGUGAUGUCAUGUUCUGCCAGAGCGCGGUGGGGGCGCUCAGCACCCUAUCCGAGCAGCUGCUGGCCGCGCUCAACUUCCGCUACAACAACAACGGCGAGUACGAGGAGGACAGCCGGGAGGUCAGCAGGAAGUGGCUGGAGCAGGUCUCCGCCAUCGGCGUGCUCCUCAGCUUCCAGUCCAUGCUGUCGCCCCACGUGCAGGAGGAGCGGACAAUGCUAGAAGACACCAAGGCAGCACUGCUGGACAUGGACAAAGUCACUGUUCACUUCCGGCAACUCGAAGACGAAUUCCUGGUCACAAACGCCCCGGUGUAUUACCGCGUGGAAGGCAGCCGCCAGGCUCUGAGGGUCACCCUGCACCUGGACAGCCCCUACUUCUGCAAGCUGCCCGGACGCCUGCGCAAUGGGGGCUGCCUCCGACUCCACACGGUGCUCUUCUCCAGAGCGCUGGAGAGGCCGGAGGGAGUGACUGCGCAGGACUGCGUGGCCAUGGAGGAAUUUCAGCAGAGCAUCAACGCAGUGUCUCUGGAGAAGGCCAAAGCCUAUUACCGCAAACUCAGGGCAUUUUACCUAGAGAAGUCCAAUCUGUCCACAGACUCCAACACCACUGCUGUUAAAAUAGACCAGCUCUUGCGACCCCUCAACGCCCUGGAUGACCUCUGUCGGCUGAUGCAGUCCUACAUCAACGUCAGGCCCAGCGGGAGCGCCCAUCCGUCGGGGGUCAGCGUCUUGGCAGUGUCCUCCGAGCUGUGCGACCGGCUGGGCGCCUGCCACAUCACCAUGUGCGCCACCGGCAUGCAGAGGUGCACCCUGAGCAUCUCCCUGGAGCAGGCCACCAUCUUGGCUCGGAACCACGGCCUGCCGCCCAGGUGCAUCAUGCAGGCCACGGACAUCAUGCGCAAACAGGGUACACGGGUUGAGAUCUCUGCCAAAAACCUAAAAGUAAUGGAUCAGAUGCCUCCCUCUGCACCAAGGCUCUUCAAGUUGUGUUUGCCGCCUUCAGAUGGAGAUCUAUAAGGGACAUUGAAACCAGAAGUUAUAUUAGCCGCAGGAUUUUAUUAGUUUCACUAAGAUUCCGAUGUUACAAAACUCUCUAAAGAAGGUUAGGAAGUUCCCUCCGGAAUCCAGGCUUACAGAAAGAAUUGUCGAUCCUACGGAGGAUAUUUGUUGCUCCUAGCUUUGUACACGCAAGAAAACCUUACAGUCAGAACGGUGCAGUUUCUCAGGAACGACCAUAAUGACCUUCAGUCGAAAUGCACACAUCGACCACGGGGACCUCUUCGCCCCUAAGAGACGGGCCGGGCCUGUCGAUCCGGGGACACCCGGAGGAGAUUUGGAGUAUCCCGGAGGGGCCCCCCGGCGGUCCUGUCCGAGCCUGCCGAUUGGUGCGUUUCCGCUGCCCCCCGGCAUCCAACUUCGUCGGACUGCAAUUUACCCGCGAUGUCAAAUGCACCCCCCCCCCCAUACCGUGUGAAUUAUUUAUGGGAUGACGGAUGCGGGGGGAGCCACGGGGGAGCGGACGCUCAAGGGCUCUCCAGCCGUCCCUGACCCUGAGAAUUCAGGAGAUUACGCCUGUGGAAGAGCUCGGCUAGCACGCGCUCAGCCUCAGCCUCAGCUGGGCUGGCUGGUUCAGCCGCUACACAAGCAGCCAGUUCCGUACACGUGCGAUUCCCUGAAAGUACCACACGUCGCAGCAUUAACCCCUUUGAUUAUUUCAGGUAUACAGAAUUUUAUCAUCUGAAUUCCAAGCUACACAUGCAUUCUAAUUUUAAUCAUUUUAACUAUAUUAAAUUGAUGAAUAUGACUUGAAUCAGCCAGUGGAGAGAUGGAGAGAAGAUGACUGAAUUUGUUUUAAUAUAUUUAAAUCUUAGGUGUGUCGUACGCUGUUUUUUUAAUGCACGCAAUGCAUAAAGUCUCUCUUGUUGCCAAUUUAAAUAAUUUAAACAGCUGUUAAUAGGCACAUGAUUAGAGGCAUAAUAUUAUCAUAAAAUGUGUGACCUCAAGAGUAGCUCUUAAAUUAACAUGUUUUCUCCAUGAUAUGGUGUUAAACAUCUAAGGAUUCAGAAAACUAAAGAACUAAAGAUGUCUCCUAUGUGUUACUCAUCUUUGAACUCAAAUUUGAAAGGGGUAGCCAGAGUGUAAAAAUAACGCAGUGUCUUAUAUGAUGUAGUUCUUUGUAUAUAUUUAUAACCAGAAUGUUUAUUAUAUUGAACGUGACCAACAUGCAGUAUGUAGUAACUGCUUGCUCUUUGCAGGAGAGUAAUGUUAUUAUUUAUGAGGGCAUUAAGAAGGCUUUUAAUGCUUUUUGAAAAAAAAAAAAUAUUUUUGUAAUAAUGUACGUAUGAAUGAUUGGCAGGGCUGAUAACAUGGACGGGCCAGUGAGAAGGCUAUGAUCACGGCCUGGUCGAAAAAGUAUUACGUGUGCAUAGGGCCGAAAAGGAUUCCUUCUCUCGACAGACAUCGUAUAGCACUACACUCUGUCACCAUGACUUCAAGUCUCUGCAGGACCAGUUAAAAAGGCAGCUUGGUUUUUUACGUGGGAAAGAGAGACAUUGGAAAUGUGUCUAGCCAGACAUGCCAUCAUCGUAAGUUAAGCUUAUCUGACGCUUAAAAUUAAAGGGAUUUUCUUCCUUUAAUUUAAAUAUCAGAUAAGAUGCAUGUGUAAAAUAGGUGAGACGUAAUCGUUUUGGGCCAUUUUUGCCGAGAUCGGCUUGGGACACCCUUAAUAAUGAGCUCAUUUUGUCAUCAAAGUCAUUAUGGUGAAAUUAUUUUCGAUUUUCCUCAGUCGGACAGUGGAACAGUGGAGAAUGGACCACAGCCAGUGUAAAUCCGUCAUUGAAACCUGGUUCCAGAUAAUGGUUCAUAUUACAUGAGUGGUAAUUUACUAGUGUGGUUAGGGUUACACAGUAAAGAAAUCCUUUCUGAUUUUGCAUUCAGUGUGACGAAAUAUGCGUGUGUGCAGCCAAUGAAGAAAAUAAAUACAGACUGAAUUGGUCUUAAUGGAAAGGUUAGUGAUUUUAUUGUCAACUGAGUCUGCAUUCAUUUUCUGGGGUUUCUUCAUGUUGGUGAAACACCAGCAUUGGUCUCAGGCCUGUAUUCACAAAGCUUCUCAGAGUAGGAGCACUGAUCUAGGAUCAGUUUAGCCUUGUGGGUCAAUUGGAUAAGGGUCAGAUGUGGACAAAAGAAGGCUGAUUCUUUUGCUCUUACUCUGAGGCGCUUUUUAAAUGCAUUUUCAUGAAUUGAACUUUCAAAACUGUAUCCAACUUGUAGUAGCAUAAGUCCAGUUGAAACGUUUUGAAUAGUUUAAGAAAUAAAGAGAGGUUUUAUGCCGUAUUAAUCUCUUUGGAACCGAAAAGAUAAAUUAGGAAAUUAUUAAUAGUUUGUAUCUAAACAGGCCCAUAAAAACCAGCAUGGACAUUUCAGGCAGCAUCUCAGUUGAGUUUCUAUUUGUUUUUGAAUUUUUAUUUUUUUAUUUGGAUUGUAUCUGCUUACUUUAGACUGCACUUAUUUUCCAAUGGAAAGCACUGUUAUUACGCAUUGAUUAUUUAAGAAGUGACACAUGAACCACACAAGUGUUCUUUUUAUUUGUGUUAAUACCUAGGAUUUAUUAUAUGGGCAUAGGUUAUCUUCAUUUGAAGUAGGGCUGUCUCACCGUCCUUCCCUAUAUGUACUUUGGUGUUCUCAUAUGAAUUGGUGUUGAAACUGCUUUUGUAAAUACAGGUGACAAAAUAACAUUAACUUUUGGCAGUUGUAUUGAGGGGCAACAACAGCGAAGAGCCAAUAUAAAUAAAUGAUCCUCUUCUGCAGCCUUAUGUAAUUAUUCCUGAUCACUGAACAAUAAACACAUAGAUAGGAUGUUAAAGGAAUAGUUCACUCACGUUAUAAAUCUUGAUGGUCUCACACAUUAUAAAUUUGGAUGGUCUCACAUAAAUCUGGAUGGUCACGCACAUUAUAAAUUUGGAUGGUCUCACAUCAUAAAUCUGGGUGGUGUCACACAUUAUAAAUCUGGAUGGGCUCUCUCAUUAUAAAUCUGGCUGGUGUAGGAGGAGGCAAAUAUUAGUUUUAGUUAUGUUAUGUUGGCACUUGUAUGUUGUUUUGUCAAAUUAAAUUGUGGCGUAGCACAAUUUCCUUGAGCACAGGUUGCAUAUGCCGGGAGAAAUGGUCCUUAACCAUUAAGAUUAAACUUACGGUUUUGGUAGAAUAAUCAGGUGAUAUACACACGUGCAACCUCUAGGCUUAUCACUGCUGUAAAAACUGUUUUGGAGUUACCUGAAGUGUAUUUUCUUGCUUUAAACUACAAAUCCCCCAAUCACCCUAUACCAGCCACUGUAAAGUUGACCAGCUCUCAGAAACUUCUGGAAGUGCAUAUCUUUCAUUGCACACAAAAAAAACUGGGUCAAUCAACAGCAUAUAAUAAAAUAGAAAUAAUGAUUUUUAAAAAGUAUAAAAAAAUAGAAAGUGAAAUAUUCAUUUCCAAGAUAAAUGUUAGAAUCAGAACGUGACUGAAAUUACAUCAGGCCUUGCCAAUUCAGUUGAGAAUUCCUUUUUCAGGAAAGUGCUUAUUAACCUUCACCUAGAAAUGUCAGGUUGACUCUUAGUGCCUCAACCACAGCCUCUGCGUUUUUCAUUUUGCUACUUCUUUUCAUUUUGUGUUUCUUGUGAGUUUUUUUUUUUUUUUUGCACCUUUAAAGGGUAAUUUAGAUCUAAAGUGUUUCUUACAGUCUCCUGCUGAUAAAAAGAAUAAAUCCUGAAAUAGUGUUCUCAUCAGUAUUCCGAGCAAGAGCUUUUAAUUUGAAUAUGACUAGCUAGCUAAAAUUAACUGAAUGCAUCAUCUGUAUAUUAUUCAUAUUUAUUAUUAUGAAUAAAUGCAUGGUAAUAUCAUAAUUUCAGGCACCUAUCUAUAUAAUAUUUUAUUAUUAUUUUCUCCCAAAACAAAUAUCUUUCACAUUUACUGAAAGGUUAGAAAACCUCAAUACAAGAAAUUAUGUCAUGUAAUUUUAGCUGUUUAAAUGACUGGAAAUGAUAUAGGAAUUACACAACAAAAAGCAUACUAGAACAUCCUAGGACCUAGUCUAAACAUGAUUAUAGAGCUCCAUGGACAAUUACUACUUAAAUAUUGGUGGCAUUUAGCAGACACUCUUAUCCAGACCAAAUUUUACAUUUUUACAUACCGUAGUAUUCAUUUUUGCAGCAGGAUAUGUACUGAAGCAAUUCAGGUUGGGGACUCUGCUCUGAUCUGCAACCUUUGGGUUACAAGCCCAGUUCCCUAACAGUUUUCCUACAAUGCCACCAUUUUGUAUGUUUAAUUGAACCAAGUCAAAUGUGUACGCUAAAUACAUUCUGCAGUACAAUAUUAAGUGCUGAUGUUCAUGUGAAGGUUAUACAGAAAAUUAAAUUUAAAAAAUAUGCAGUUCCUAAACUAAAUGUUCUUAAGCCAAUUAUUCAGACUAUAAUCACAUUGCCAUAUGAGGUUACAGCUACACAUCUGUAUCUCCCUAAUGUAAGCAUGUGCUCAUGUUAAAAUGUAGUCUGAAUAUACUAAUGCCGACAUAAGAAGAGGUGUGCAAAUUUCCAAGUCAGAAUUGGUGACUUUGAUGUCAUUAAUUUUAAAGGAACUAAGUGUGUACAUCAGGGGUGUCCACUCUUAUCCGAAAAAGGCCAGUGUGGGUGCAGGUUUUUGUUCUUGCUGUGCACUAUGACACCUGAUUGUACUUAUCGAGGUCUUGAUUGAAGACUACACUAUAAUUGGUUAAUUAGUUGAAUCAGGUGUCGUAAUGCUGGGCUGAAACAAACACCUAUGCCCACACCGGCCCUUUUCGGAUAAGACUGGACACCCCUGGUGUACAAGCUGUACUGCGUUUAAUUCUAUGUUGGAACUAUGUUUGUCUGAAUACCUCAUUAAAAAGAAGGAAACCAUGUUAGAUUGGAGUAGCGUUUAACGUGUGAUUGUCGGUUUUCCUCAAGCCAAUCAGUGACAAAAGGAAAGGUGUGCCACUAACGGGAUCUGGCCGAUUUGGUGAGCAUUUAUAUUACAAUGGGCUCUCAGGCACUGGUCAUUGUGGGAAGUGUUGUUCUUCACUGGCUUUAAUCCUUUCAGAGUCAGGUUGCUGUAAAGCAUAUCUGUGCUCUGAACAGAAAAGAAUGGAUGAUUUUCACUCAAACAUUCUGUUGUACUGGCACAUCAAGGGGGAAGCAUGGCUGCUGGGUUAAGCUGUUGCAGUGAACAUGUCCUUUUUUCAUGUAACAAUGGUCUGUGAUUUGCCUUAAAUUGUAUCCAUAGCAACUCAGUCUAGCGAUUUGGCUGGACAGGUACACAAAUCAUCCCCUUUGUCUUUGAAUGACUACCAUUUCUGGGAACACUGAUGAGGCUGUGGUCACUAAUCUUAUUUUAUAAUAAGGGUAUUACUUAACAGAAAUAUCAAAGACCCCAAAUCAUUUGUUUAAUCAUUAUACUUGUGUUGUUAUUUUAUUAAUUCAAAGUCAGAGUAAAGCAAUGGUUAAUUGAGUUUAUUUGUAUGUUUGGGUAAUGGUCCUGUAAUAUUACAAUUUAAUAGUUUGUUUUAAUAGUUUGUUUUCCAUAUUUUCUAUGUGUAUGCUUUGUUUUAUGUGUCCAUGCGUGAUUAAUGCAAACAUUAGAAAACAUUCUAAGUGUCAAAUUUUUUUCAGUUUGUUACAGAUGUUACAGCUAAUAAAAUAUUUACAACAUAAAACAUA